CAAUGGUGAUCGACGGGGAGGAGCUCAGAUACAAAUAAUUGCCCGCUUGUUUUAACGCACAUACAGCCGGAGUUUGACUGAACGCGGAAAGAACCAAGAGGAGCAUAAUUUUUUUAUUUAUAUUCGCUGGAGGUGAAGGUGUGUAGAAGUUCAAUUCGUCACCCCGCGAACGCCGCCAUGACGACGUCUCGUCCGCGCGGCGGCGGCGGCAGCGGCGGCAGCAAAGCGGACACCAGCGACGCCCUGGACGUGUGCGUGGCGGUGGACGACGGCGAGCUGGCCAACGGCCUGGCGCACGGUGCCCUGGCGGACGAGGACGGCGACGCCAACCGCGCCAAGCAGGGGGGGGGCGGAGGUGGCGGUGGCGGCGGCGGCGGCCUCCUCCGGGGCCUGCGGAAGAGUGCGCAGAAGCACCGGGACUACGUCCGGAUCCCCGACCCCAAGACCGACCGGCUGCCGCUGGAGUGGUGGAAGACCGGCGUGGCCUUCGUCUACGCCUCCUUCACCCUGGUGCUCACCACGGUGGUGAUCACGGUGGUGCACGAGAGGGUGCCCGACAAGGAGACCAGCCCGCCGCUGCCCGACAAGUUCUUCGACUACGUGGACCGCGUGUCGUGGGCUUUCACGGUGACAGAGGUCAACGGCAUGGUCCUGGUGGGGCUGUGGCUCGUGCAGUGGCUGUUCCUUAAGUACAGGGCGAUCGCAGGCAGGAGGUUCUUCUUCCUGAUGGGGACGCUGUACCUGUACCGCUGCAUCACCAUGUACAUAACCACCCUGCCCGUCCCGGGCAAGCACAUGACCUGCGCCCCGAAGCUGUACGGAGACUCCCAGGCCAAAGUGCACCGCAUCCUGCAGCUGAUCUCUGGAGGCGGCCUGUCCAUGGCCAGCUCGGACCUCAUGUGCGGGGACUUCCUGUACAGCGGACACACGCUGAUGCUGACGCUCACCUACCUGUUCAUCAAGGAGUAUUCGCCACGCUCCUACUGGUGGUACCACCUGGUGUGCUGGCUGCUGAGCAUUGUGGGAGUGGUGUGCAUCCUGGUAGCCCACGAUCACUACAGCGUGGACGUGGUGGUGGCCUACUUCAUCACGUCCCGCCUCUUCUACUGGUACCACACCAUGGCCAACGUGCAGGAGCUGAGAACCUCGAAGCACAACUACCUGAAGAACACCUGGUGGAGCCCCAUCUUUAACUUCUUUGAGAGAAAUGUGCAGGCGCCGGUGCCCUGCAUCUUCUGCUGGCCGAUUGCCUGGCCCCCCUCCUGCUUCAAGAACUCCUGCCAGACGUACACUGCAGUACAGAGCACCCGGGAGGAGUGAAGAACCGGACCAGACCGGACAGAACCGGCUCAGACCGGCCAAGCUCAGACAUUCACUGCCACUGGUGAUCCAGCACAACUCCACAGUCUGUAUUCAUACACAGUUGGGUGAUAUGGGUCUGGACUUUAAAAACCAGGACUUUGUUGAACCUUUGCUGAAGACUCCGGAAAGCGCUUCCAAGGUAUGCAACAAAAGUACGUGUCAGACAACCAAAUUCACUUUUAAAUGACAAAACAACAAGCAAACCAAAAAAAAAAGACACUAAUUCAUGUUUGUGUUUAUACGUUCUGUUUUUUGUGCAGAAUGAGGGCAAAGGUGCACCAACAAAUGAAUUUGGGAGUUUAUUUGGUGGAUUUCUGAUAAUGAUUAAAUAACACUGAUGUCAACGUGUUGUGGUGUUUUGCAAGCUUGUCCUCUCUGAUAAAAAAAGGUCACUGUGGUUCACGACGGAUCUGAAGCGUCUGUGCUGUGACUGAAGUUGAGUGUCCCGCUCUUGUGCGUGUGCCAGUUCUUCAUGUGUGCCAAAUCCUCACGCGUGCUAACUGCUCGCUUUGAGUACAGCACAGUGAAUCUCUUGUGAGUCUUGUUUCUGUCCCUGAAAACCAGCUGCUUUCAGUGUUUUCUGUUUUGAAGGAAUGAAGUUUUCCGCUCAAGAAAAGGUAUUGCUAUAAAUGUUGACUGGAAGAUACAUAUUUAUGCUGAUGUUGACCAGAUAUGGCUCGGUUUGCCUUGCUAAGUCAAAUCUUUGAGCAUUUACCAAUGUAUCUUGUUUACUUGAAGGCCAAUUUCUAGCCAUUGUUGAACAAAAGAUGGCAGAAUUAAUUUCCAUAUGUGGUCAACAACGGCAAUCUUGAACUAUUCAGCUAAAGCACACAAGUUCAGAUUUAUAUUUUCAGUUUGUAAUUCCGUGGAAAAUGUGCUUCCAUAGUCUACAUCUUGGGCGUUUGCAUGUUGAUAUGAAGUUUUGGCUAUUCAUGUUUAUUCCACCCAUUUUGUUAUUGUGCACUACUUUGAAGCAGUGCCAUUGACCUUUCACUUCGUCAUAUAAUUAAAAAACCGUGAUUCCUUUUUAACGUGUAGUGAUGAACGUCAUCUGAUUUUGUGCGUAUUUCAUGUUUUAAAUGGCAUUGGAACCUUUUUGACUUGUUAAAUUAUGCAAAGCUGUAUGUUUCUCUGUAUGUAUUUGUUUUGUUUUUUGAUACAUUGUGGUAGUAAUGGUGUAAUAUUGGCUUGGACAUUAAAAGACCAAUCGCACCUGAAGAAAUUUAAA